AUGGUAGUACGUCGAAGAGGAUAUUUGAAAUAUAUCUUAUUCAUUCCGGCGUUAUGGUUUGGUGCUAUAAUCUUAUUUACUUUACGCACAGAUUCGUUAUCUCAAUCAAGAAAUGAUAUACAAAUCAAUAUCGUUGAUCAAACAGCUUCGCCAUCGUUUGUGGAUCGUAUCAUUGGUGCUUUGCCGUUUAAACGCCAUCCUGAUAGUGAUCAUCCAGUUGAAGAACGUAUUAAAGCAGAAGAGCAAGCUAAGAAAAUGAACGCUCAAGUUCAAGUUGUCGCACCUGUGAUGAAAAAUGAUCCAAAUGAUCCGAAAACUGGUGGACCAGGCGAGAUGGGCAAUGCUGUCCGUAUUGAUAAAGACAAGCUAUCGAAAGAUGAACGAAAGAAAUUCGAUGAUGGAUGGAAAAACAAUGCAUUUAAUCAAUACGUUAGUGAUAUGAUUUCAUUGCGACGAAGUUUACCUGAUAUACGAGAUCCUGAAUGUAAGAAAGUCGAUUUACAUCCCGAUCUACCUGAUGCAUCAGUGAUCAUUAUCUUUCACAACGAAGCACGUUCGGCAUUGCUACGAACUGUUUGGUCAGUAUUGGACCGUUCACCACAGAAGCUAUUGAACGAAGUGAUACUUGUCGAUGAUUUUUCUGAUAAAGAACAUUUAAAGAAGAUGCUCGAAGAUGACAUUAAACCUUUACCAAAUGUUCGAUUAUUACGUACAGGCAAACGUGAAGGGCUUAUACGUGCUCGUUUGAAAGGUGCGCUUGCUGCUAAAGGAAAAGUUUUGGUCUUUCUGGAUUCUCACUGUGAAUGUGCUGAAGGAUGGCUUGAACCUCUACUGGAUCCUAUAGCGCGAAAUCCCAAAGCAGCAGUUGUGCCAUUAAUCGAAAUUAUCGACGAUUCAACAUUCCAAAUAACCGGCACGCCGAUUCAAAAUAUUCAAGUGGGCGGCUUCGAUUGGAAUCUGAUUUUCAAUUGGCACGUUACUCCGGAAAGAGAAAUGAAACGAAGAAAGAAGAAAACCGAUCCAAUUAGGAGCCCGACUAUGGCCGGUGGCUUAUUUGCUAUUGAUCGAGAUUGGUUCGAUCAACUGGGCAUGUAUGACCCUGGCAUGGACAUCUGGGGUGGCGAAAAUCUUGAACUCUCUUUCAAAGUUUGGCAAUGUGGUGGUGAACUUUUAUGUGCACCGUGUUCUCAUGUUGGACACAUCUUUCGAAAACGUUCGCCUUAUCAGUGGCCUAGUAAUGUCAAUGUUGUGAAAAAGAAUACAGUUCGUCUCGCUGAAGUCUGGCUUGAUGAUUAUAAAAAAUAUUAUUACGAAAGAAUUUCCAAUAAUUUAGGCGACUACGGUGACGUCUCCGAUCGACUGAAGAUCCGUGACCGCUUGCAAUGUAAAUCAUUCAAAUGGUUUUUAGAUAAUGUUUAUCCAGAACAGUUUGUGCCUGGAGAAAGUUUAUUCUUUGGCGAGAUUCGUAGUCGUUCAAAAACCAAUAUAUGCAUUGAUUCUCAAGAAAUUGAAGAUACUGAUAAAGCCGUUAUUGGCUAUCCAUGUCACGGUCAAGGGGGCAAUCAAUACUUUCUUAUGUCAAAAACAUUUGAAAUCCGUCGAGAAGACAAAUGUUUAGAUUACGCGGGUGGUCAUAACGAAUUACGCAAACCUGGUAAAAUAACAUCGUUUACAUGUCAUUCCAUGCAGGGCAAUCAAAUGUGGACAUACGAGAAUGAUAUGUUACGGCACGCGUCUGGUUUUUGCGUUGAGCUAUCGUCAACGAAUGACAAGGACAUAUCCAUGGCACCUUGCGAACCAACGAAUCAAUAUCAAAAAUGGUUUUGGAAGCAGCGUUUAAGCAAUUCCACACAGUCAUAG